AUGCCCGCCUCCCCGGCCGACUCCUCCUCCCUCGAGCUGCCCAGUCCAUCCCUCGCCGUCGCCACCUUGUGGCAGCCAAGCCACAGAUUCGACUGCUCGCUCCUGCUCUGGUGCUCAAGUGCCGUGCGAGUGGGAGCGCUGCUCUCGAGGACACAGCACAAGCCGGUCAUCAUCGUCGCGAGCGGCAACCGCACCACCGCAUCGGGAUCGAGGUCCGGCGCGAUAUCUGCGACGCACGAGGACUGCGACGCCGACUACGUCCUUCCCAACGACGAGACGAGCGGCGCGGUGGCCGAGUACAUCGCUGCCAAUCGCGACAAGAUCCAACGCACCGAGUGGGUGCUCCGGCAGACGCUGCUCAAGCUGCACGUCUUUGCGCUCACGCACGCCGAGCUCAUCCUCUUCACCGACCUCGACGUCGAUCCGUACGGUGACGCGGGCCGGCCGUGGGUCGCGGCGGCCAAGAUCCUGCAGCACUGGAGGCCCGCCGCCGCUCGCUUCCUGCAGAGCCGCUUCGCGGUCGUCGGGACGUUCGACCACGAGGCGCCUCUCAACACCGGCCUCCUCCUAGUCAAGCCCAACCGAGACUUGCACGCCGACGCGAUGCGACGGCUGCGACGGCAGCGGCCUCUUGCGGACGGGGUGGCGUUACGCUUCGACCGGCUGCGCGGCUUCGACAGCGUCGGAACGCCGCGCGAGGCCUGCCGCCGGCCUCGGCUGCUGGAGGCGCUCGCCGAGGGCGCAGGCGUCGGGCUGGGCGCGGUCGGCAAGCUGCUCGACCAGACGGCGCUGUCCAGGCGGCAGGCGUGGGACUACGUGGGAGGAACCAUCGAUCAGGGCGUCUUCUGGCGCGUCGUUCCCUUCCCUUCGGCCAUUCGGGACCGGCGCACUAAGCUUGAGGCGCCUCCUCCCAGGCACCUCUUCUACCUCGGCGAGGAGCAGCUCGGCACUUGGGCGGGCGGCGCGCCGUGGCGGCUCGAGCACUGGUGGGGGUCGCCCAAGCCGUGGGCUCCAGCGGAGGAGCAGGCCCGCGACAAGCGUGCAUGCAUGAACAGAUACCUGUGGAGGCUCGAGGCCCUCCCCGAGGCGGCGCUGCGACGCAGCCGGUGCGGCGCGAGGCUGCUGGCGCACCGCGAGAGGCUGAUCAACGCGAGCGAGUACCGGAGCGAGAAGCACCGCAGCACCGGCCUCUACCUCGGCACGCACAUGACGCCCUUCCCGCUGCCGGCGCUGAGCUCCUCCUCCCCUGACUCGAACCUCUCCGCCGCGGGAAGGGCUAAUAAGAUCAAAAUCUCCCUCUCUCUCCGUCGCGCGCGGAGCCUCCCGCGCGUCGCUGCGGCGGCGUGGCAAGAUUCUGAACUAGGGAAGUAG